UAAACAAAGAGCCCUAGAUUUUUUCUUCUUCUGCAACAGAACCGAUGAACGUGAAUCAUCAUCACCGCUUAGGACCAGUACCAUGGACGAGGACAGUAUGGGCGGAGAACGUUGAUCAAGAGCUGGCUUGUUUGAAGGAAUGUCUUAAGCUAUAUCCAAAGAUAGCUUUUGAUACAGAGUACCCUGGGAUCAUGCACCGGACAUACCUACACUCAUCGGACGAUGAUUGCUACAAAACCAUGAAAGUUAACGUCGAAUCGUCAAAGCUGAUCCAAUGCGGCUUCACUUUGUUCAACGCGAAGGGAGAGAUUGGCGGCGUGUGGGAGAUUAAUUUCUCCAACUUUGGUGACCCCUCGGACACGCGCAACGAGAACUCGAUCGAUUUUCUGAAGAAACACGGCGUGGACUUGAACAAGAUUAGGAGCGAAGGAGUGGAUAUGUUUAAAUAUAACUUUUUCCCGAAGUUUUUGUCAGCCCUCUACUCCCAGAAGCACGUGGACCACGUCGAGUUCGUCGCAUUCCAAGGAGCGUACGACUUUGCUUACGUACUGUCUAUUCUCAACUAUGGAAAAUUACCUGAGACUCGAGGGGAAUUUGCAUCAGAGGUUGUGAGAGUCUUUGGCGAAGUUUACGACUUGAAGGUGAUGGCUGGAUACUGCGACGGGCUCGGUGAACACCUCGGUUUAUCUAAACUAGCUCAGCUUCUCAAUAUCCCACGUGUGGGAAGAGCGCACCAUGCAGGUUCAGACAGUUUAAUGACCGCACUUGUGUUUAUCAAGCUCAGACAUGUGUUUGAAGACUCUAAGUUUGCUAAAGGGAUGCUCUAUGGAAUUGGGAAAAGAAUGAUGGUUACUGCUACUACCACCACCACAACCAUGCCUUCUUCGGUCUCUAUGCCUAUGAUGUGCCAGCAGAAUCUAGUUUCAUAUCCUUCUUCGGAUAUGAUCUUCCAUAAUGGUUACAUGCCAAGCUAUGAUCAUAAUAAUCAGGUUCUCUUCUGGAACCAUUUAGCUGUUCCGUGGAUGUCUUAUGAUAAUGGUAUGUAUGUCGAUCAGCUUAAUCAUGUACCGUCGAGCACAUUCGCAUACCCGUAUCAGACACCGUAUGCUGCUGAUUACCUUGGUCAGCUUCCGGAUUACUACAAUAAUUAUUGCUAGUUUGAGAUUUUUUUCCAGCUUUUAGGAUUUAUUUAGAUGGAACUGGGAUUUUUUUUUGUUUUAUUUUUCUAGCCUUGGUUUUCUUUAAUAUUGAUGGGUUGUUUUACUCUAUCAACUGUGGGCAUGCUUGUCUGCAAUCUGUUUUAAAUAAAACCAAACUAUUCUACAUAUCUUUCAUGAACUAUUGUUUUUCUUUCUUCCUCCAUACAGAUAUCAUAUAUUAUGCACAUUGUGUCAUCCCUGCUCCAAAUGGCUAUAAUAUUAGGUUGCUAGUGCUCUGUAUGAAACUUGGACAAAUUCUAGGUAGCAUAUAUAUAGCUAGUGACUAGUCUAAAACCACUACUUGUUAGGUGUGCACUAGCUAAAACUCAAUCAAGAAUCAUAAUGUUGGAUUGUGGAGAACUAUAGUUUCUACUUAAUUCAGCAGAAACGUUAUCCUUGUUUACAUUCCUAGGAAGUGGCCAGGAAAUUUUGAAUUGAACCUUUGGUGCCUGCAUCAACGUUUAGAUAGAUAGUUAUGCGUCUACCUGUCACAGUCAAGCUGUAGAAGCACGGUCAGUAUGUUUGUUACGGAAUGCAUUCAUAGAAGUGUGAGUAAUAGGAAUUUACUGAAAACAUGUGAGAAGAUGCGUAUUAGUUACUUUAUGUUUGUCAACCUCCACUCUUGUAUCAUUGAUACUGGCUCUUGGUAGCUCUACUGCCACAACAUAGUUAUGUUCAUAUUCCACAACAUUCGAUCUCACAGACCAACCAGGAAACAGCCUAAAUUAAAUCUUUGCCAUACUAAUCAAACUGCCUGUAUGUAUUUUGUUUUUGAAGAGACAAAUAAUAGUUUGAGAAGUCCACUAAAAUUCGAAAAAUUAUCAUAAAGUUUCUUAUUACAUUGACAUAUCGUCUUUAAGCAAAGGUAACGCAACUUGCAUUGUCACAGACUAACGAGUCCGAGCGGUAAUUUUUACGUAAAAGAACUGCACCAAACUCAAACAACCAGCGGUUGUUACUCCUCCAAACACCACUCUCGAUCCAGCUUGAGACGACUUCUUUUUUCGUCAAUGUUUUAAAUACAAAUUAAACGUUGUAUUUAAGUAGCGCAUUUUGCUCGAGCUUUGAUGCCUUUUUUUUGGUGGAGCACUGGCUUUCUUUGAAAUUCGUCGAAAACCCAUGGGCCAGUAGUUGACCCAACUAAGAGCGGACCAAUUGAUAGAAUAUAUCCACUUGGAACUGCAUGGGCCAUUUAUUAAUUUUUAACAAGUUUUCUGUUUUUUGCAUUUUCUCAAUUACCUAGUUUCAAAUAAAACUCGAUUAAUUACACUAACUGAUCGUAAUCGAAGUGGACCCCAAGAAUCCCGAAGAAUCAGUCAAACUCCGUUAAGAUACCUAGGGAACAGACCCAAAGCUUCUUGGUAUAUAUGUACAUGAUUACACCUUCUUUUUUUUUGACGUAACUCAAAUUAAGUCAUGAAUUCUUCUACCGACGUUGAAUCUCGAAGUAGUCGUCAUCAUCUAUGGUGGUGAGUAUCAAGUUCAAGUGUUAAUACUUUUUCCUUUUGUUUUCUUAUACAAAUUAGAUAUUUGUAUUAACACAUCCAUGUCUGGUGAAUUGUUUGAUUUAUAUAUAUAUUAUGUCUGGCGGGUGUAGGAAGAGCAAGUACUUUAUUUACGACAUUAUGAUGCACAUUCUUUUGUUGGCCUUCAAUGUCACGACGUUUCUGUAUGUGAGACAUCACAAACUCCCCAUCCCUGGAGAUAUGUUGCUGUUAGUUAUUUGCUACGGCUUUACAGGCAUCGUGGGUGUGGUUUCAUGGGGUUUCAUCUUAAAAUACACUCCAGAAAUGGACUUCAGAGGAGGCUGCACGGAUCGCCUUAGCCAUUUCCUAGGUUUUAUUUUUCUCAUCAUCUUAUUCUAUUCUAUUUCUCCAGUAUUUGCUCUUUGUUUUGGUGUUCCUUUUUCUUUGUUGUUUUUAUCCGUUGUUAUUUACACUACAUAUGUAUUAUGCCGUCCUCUCUAGUUUGUCUCAAAAAAAAAAAAUUUGCCAACUACUAAUAUUUUUUAAAUAAAAAAAUUUAGAACGAAACUAAAUUAGUAAAGGAAAUUGAAUUUUUGACCUAGCUAUACUACACCCACGUUUUUGUUUGUAUUCUUUCUUUUUACAAAUUAAAUCCAUAACUACAAAACAACUUUCACACACGCAGACGCAAAGGUUGCGCAUAACUUAGCAGGAGCCAUACACACGAAGGGAGCAAUAAGUAGUCACAUGCCUUUUACACCAUGCAUUUUUUUUGUUCAAAAUCCAAAACUACUCUUACGCUUAGCUCUCUAUCUCCUCUUAUCUCUUAUGCUAUGUGAUUUUAUCUCUUACAAUCCUAUUGUCUACAAAGCUCUAUGUUCUGACAACUACAUCGUGGUUUCUCAACGUGUUCAUCCUAAAAUACCACGCACACAUCAAUUCUCCCCCAAGCAUCAAUCAUUUACUACGUCCAGAAUUUUUGAGAGCAACCAGCAUCCACAUGUGCUUGCUUUUGUGGACCAGGGUGGUGAUGACUAUCCCGAUGAGGACAUGCCUGGCGCUGUCAGAAAAUCUCAUCAGCCAACUCCUAUGCUGAAGAAGAGUUUCCCGGACAACACCACAUGUAGAGAUGAUGAUCCUGCAAUUGGACAAACUCUGGUGGACCCCCAUCUGCACAACCUUCUCAGACUGAUGCAAUUGGUAGCUCCGAUGAUGAAACUUCUGUUUCCAAGAACCCGUCACACCUUAGAGCUCCACGAAUGGAGAUUUAGCGCUUACAACAGAGUCUGAAAACACAUUUGCUAUCCUUAUUUUUAAGAGUCAGUCCAAAAAAGUACACGAACCCUGUGUGAUACUGUGAUCUGGCUAUUGUCAUUUUAUGUUUGAGAUGUAAUCCUGAAUGCUUUUGUUUUAGACUUUAGUUAUAUCAAUUUUAAGAGUUUAAAUUGAAAAGAGUUUGUCCCUCCUAUUAUUGGCUGAGUUAUUUAAGAUCACACCCUGAGAUUAUAACAAUUAUGUUAAGUUGAAGCUGAGGAUAACAAUAUUCUCAAAGAUAAUCCUCACAUCGAACCGAUGGAGUUCCAAAUAUGACAUCCAUCGACACAUUUUUAUUUUUUACCUUACAUAUCAACAGAACAGCUCAGCAACAAAAAACUUUGCCCUCAUACACUUUGAAGCAAUCUGUAAGAAUUAUUCCCAAAUCAUCUCCUUCUGUACAAAACCCGCAGUUUCCUUUCGUUACAAGUUUUAUUAAAAGCACACCUUCAUAAACAAAUUCCUAACUUACUACUUCUUUUCAAAACAUUAAAAAAAUCUUUGUUUAUGAAAAACAAACAUGUUACCCUUUUGUUCAAACCAACGACAGUCGACAGGUCCCUCCAACUAAUUUAAAAUGACGCCAGAAAGAAUCAAAACAUAACACAUUCUCAAGAAGAUUAAAAACAAAGCCCAGGUUACAAUGAAGCUAAUCAUUUUUCACUUGCACGAGUUAGUCAAUACUUAUAAUAUUUAUCAGCUCCUUUUGUUACGUUCCACCGCUGUUAAGCCAGAAAGAAAAGGUUUCCACACGAUCCCGUUAAAUAGCACUUACAACAAAAUAACCACAUUCAAUCUGUUAAUUCCACACGCAAUGGCUCAAAAAUAGCAUCAACUUUAAGCGAUAUCUUACAUCUCAAGCUCUUAUUAGUGCCGUCGCAGAUAACCUCCCCACGUACGCAGCCUUAGCGAAAAGAGAACCACCUCAACCAUAGGGGUUAACCGACUUCAACACUGUGGGCUCACCUUUUUCCCUUCCCAACAAACCAAAAACGAAGACACACAUCACUACUUCAGGUCCCCACCGACUUAAAGAACUAUCAAUAUACAGUCUAUUACAACUCUUAAACCAAACAAAACUAUUAAUUAAAAUGAAAGUAAUUAUAUUCCAUCUACCUAAUCAGUGCCGGCCCUUAAAGCUCGUGAAGCUAGGGCUUUAGGCGGAAAAAUACAAUAACAAUUAAGGGCAUAGUAAUUGCAGAGCGUUGUCCGUAGUCUAGUGGUUUUGUUCCUCAAUCUUGUGCAUUUAGGUCCGGGUUCGAAUUGAGUAGGGAGCCAAAUAGCUUUUUUACUUUAGGCAGUAUUAUAAACUGGGCCGGGCCUGCAUCUAAUAAUCAUCCACAUAUAGCAACCUAACCUACGAUUAGUAAGCAUCCACAAGGAACAAGAAGAGUACGAACAAUGAUAAACAAAAUCUGUUACCCUGGCCCGCAAUAAAUAAAAAGCCCAAAUUUUUUUGUCAUAUCCCCUAUAUAUUAAUCCUAUCGUAUUUUCGUACUCACAUAUCAUCACGAGAAUGAUUCUUAAAAUUGUUAGAAAAAUAAGUUAGUCCAUAUAAACAUAUACUAUGCUUUUAGUUAUAAUAACUAUCAAAUUAAUUAAUAGUGUACAGAAUAAUAUUUUUUUCCUUAAAUAAAAGCUACAAAAUUACCUAAUAUGAUUAACAUAUAUAACAAUUAAUUAUUAUGAAUAAUACAUAUUGAUAACAAUUUUUCUAACCCCUCUCUUUUUUUGCUUAAUUGUAUACUAUUAAAAGAAUUAGAUUUUUUCUUAUAUGUUAUAUAUUGAUUUUUUCUUAUAUGUUAUAUUUUGAAUUUUUAAAAACGACUAUAAAUUACUAAAAAUUGUAAAAGUCUUAUAUUGAAAAUUUUGUGAUCAAUGGUUUAACUUUUUUUUUUAAGCAAGAUACAAAUGAUCAUAUAUCGUAGGGGUGGGCGUUCGGAUACAUGUUCGGGUUCGUAUCAAAUAUUUCAGUAUAAAGGUAUAAAACCCGUUCGGAUUCAGAUAUUAUCCGAACUGGUGUAAUAAGUGAUGUGUUUUGUUGUUCUAGAAUUAGAUAAUUUUUAGACCGAGUUGGUGAAUAUAUACUAGACAGACAAUUAUGUUUCGAGCCUGCACUUAUCUAUACUAUACUAAAAAGGAGAUAUAAGCUCCUUUUAGAGUGUCCACGUAGGCACAAAAAAUCGUUCAAUCAGAGAAUCCGAAGUUGCCACGUCAUCUCAUUUAUUUUUCUGUAAAAAAAUAAAAAAAUAAUGUAAAGGAAAGGAUCGAACCCGGGUUAGUAUGACAACAAUAUAUGGCAGAUACCACUAAGCCGUUGAAACUUUAUUGGACACAUAUACAAAAAUCACUAAAUAUGUAAUCACAAACUCUUAUGUACAUUUACAAUAAUAUAGAUUCAACUUUCAAUACUCUGAUACUUUGUUUUGUAAAAAAAAAAAA